AUGCUGGUGCACUGGCAAACAGGCUGUCUGGCAGAGCACCUGGAAGAACUGUUGGAAGCUGGGGAGGAGCUGCUCUCACAGCUACCCUGGACCUGGAAAGCUCCCCUGCUGGCUGUCGCGCGCCGCACGGGGGCUAUGACAGACGAGGCGCUGGCCCUGCUGGCGGACGAGGAUUUAGUCAGCCUGGAUCUGGCGCGCGCGAGGGCGCUGACUCACAGCGGCAUCGCCGCCGCCGUCAGCGGCUUGCCGCUGCUUCGCGCCCUGGACCUGUCUUACACGGCGUUCCAGCCGGCUGCGCUGCCUACUUUGGCCGAGGCCUGCCCCUUGCUGGAAGUGCUGCGCCUGGGCGGGCUGGGCCCGAAGCCGGCGCGUGCCGCCGCCGCCGCGCUGCUGCGGUGCCUGCCGCGCCUGCAGCAGGCCGACGUGGCCGACUCCUGGGAGGAUCUUGCUGAGACCUCCGCUGUGCAGGCAGGCCACGGCUUCACAAGCCUGCAGUACGUUGUGUGGCCGGAUGUGACGCCGGAAGCUCUAGCCCACCUGCACGCGCACCAGCCGCAGCUCAAAGUCAUCAGCGCGCCGGACCACCCGCUACUGCGAGCCUCCAGGCGCCACCGGCUGCCGGCUGCGGCCGACCCUGGUGUCCCCCUAGAUCAGCCGUACGCCGAAGCUGUCGCGCAAUAUGACUGGGAGGCGGCGGCGGCGGCUGUAAGGGCGCGCUGCGGUGACGAAGCGGCCGGCUCGGAAGGCGCCAAAAGCACCGUGGCCGGCUUGCGGGAGCUCACACUAGCGGAGCGAUUCAGGCUCGCGUACGAGUCGCGAGCAGCGCGGGUGGCAGUGGUGAGGGCGAGAAAUGCCAAGAAGGAGCAGCGGAGAGCGCUGCGCGCGAUGGGGGGCGCGGAGCGCGCUUUGGCCUUGGCAGAGCACGGCGUGCCGCUCGUUCACACUCGCAGCCCGGGCCGGCCCAGAUGA